CCAACACCGAUCAGACACAUGGUUUCCGUGCCCGAUCAGCUGGUCUAACCUCCUCUCUACUCACUGUCAUUUCCACCCACAACCGACCGGCCGAUGAGCAACCUAAACAGCUCCAACGUCACCCUUAUCCAUCCUAUAUGCACAUCGUUGGCAUCCUGCCUCGCGUUUGGCAAAGUAUCAUGCGACCGCGCCUCACAAGAGUGCCCUCCCUGCAUAUACACUGACGCCAAAGGACGGUCCCUUUGCUACGCCCGCAUCACUGGCACCGUGUUGUGCCCGUUUGUCAACACCACCGCAGAUUGCAGCACGUCAAACGAUACAUCGUCGAGCCUGGUGUUGGUGAACAAGACUAGUAAUUCCUUCCCCAAGAACAAAACCGCAUCGACAUACUUCGUCAACACCACCGCCUCGCCCGACAUGGAUGCCGCCGCCGCCGCCUCCCACGGCAGCAUGUCCUCGCUCAACGUUGGCCUGGUCGUGACUGUGGUCGUUCUAGCCGCCGCGAUCGUCGUCAUGCUGGUCAUGUGGAUCAAACGAAGCCGGAACGUCAGCCGUCGUGGCAUAUUCAGCGAGCCGAAACGGCCCCACUACCACAACAACCGCGAGAUUGUGCACAUUGGGUCUAACGUGUUUCACAGUCAAAACCAGAACCAGCGACCACACCCUGGCAACAACACCAACGACUACCUUACGUCCAUCAACCGACUGCACACACCCGUGCUCGGCGAGCCAAUGACCCUGGGGGGGGGCUACUCGCAAGAUUCCUCCCCUGUCUGGCGGAUGAGCACGUCGUCAAACAUUCUGCGUUAA